GCGGGAGCCGACCCGAUGGCAUCGGCCGGCGGACCCACGCAGGCGGACGGCCCGGGCAGCUCAGAGAAGCUGAGCCCCUCCGCGGUCAACCGCAUCCUCAUGGAGGUGCUCAUGUACUUCGGCCGGUCCAUAUUCGUCUUCUACCCGGUGUACCUGACCGGCUACCUGGGCCUCAGCGUCAGCUGGGUGCUGCUGUGCAUGGUGAUGGCGACCUGGUGGAAGAAGAACCGCCAGCGGAAGGACGCGCGUUUCGGAACCGCCAUCGAAUUUGUGGACAACGAGACCCACGUGAUCAACAAGGAGCUGCUGGGUGGUCUGCAGAUGGCAACAUGGGUCCAUUUCAAGGAUGUUGAGAAAGUGGACUGGGUUAACAAGGUGUUGGACCAGGCCUGGCCUUUCUUUGGGAUGUACAUGGAGAAGCUCCUGAAAGAGAACAUCCAGCCGGCUGUCAGACUCUCCAACCCCGCGCUCAGAAUGUUCUCUUUCACUAAAGUCCACUUCGGACACAAACCUCUCAGGAUCACUGGGAUUCAAGCCUACACCCAUGAAGUGGAUCAGAGGGAGGUGGUUCUGGACAUGCACGUAAGCUAUGACGGCGAUGUGGAUAUCGACACUGUGGUGAAGCCGCCGGUCACAGCUGGUGUCAAAGGCCUUAAGCUCGAGGGGAUGCUGAGGGUCAUUCUGGAGCCUCUCAUUGGUGAAGCACCACUAGUGGGAGGAGUCACCUUCUUUUUCAUCCGCCGCCCGACCCUACAAAUCAACUGGACGGGUAUGACCAACCUCCUGGACAGUCCUGCCUUCAGUUCGUUGUCUGAGGAGACCAUCGUGGACAUCAUCGCCUCGCUCAUGGUGCUGCCAAAUCGCAUGUGCAUUCCCCUCGUAGACCAGGUCAAAGUGGACCAGAUGAGGUUCCCACUACCCCGAGGCGUGGUGAGAGUCCACCUGCUGGAGGCCAGAGACCUGCUGGCGAAGGACACGUACAUGUUGGGUUUGGUCAAAGGCAAAUCAGACCCCUACACCACGCUCAGAGUCGGCAACAGUCAUUUCAAAAGCAAGACCAUCAAAGAGAAUUUGAACCCAACAUGGAACGAAGUGUUUGAGUUUGUUGUCCAUGAGGCGCCGGGGCAGGAGCUGGAGCUGGAGGUAUUUGAUGAGGACACAGACAAAGAUGAUCCCCUCGGAGUGUACAACCUUGAUUUUGGAGAAGUGAAGAAGGAGAAGGCAAUGGAUCAGUGGUUUCCUCUGGAGGGCGUCCAGACUGGAGAAGUUCAUCUCAAGCUCCAGUGGUUUUCACUUAGCACUGACCUCAGCCUGCUCAGUGAGUCUGCAGAUGGCGGUGCCUGUGCGAUGCUCGCAGUGUACCUGGACAACGCCUCCAACCUGCCUAAAGACCACAGUGAGUUCACUGAGAAUCAGAAACACGGGAAGCACCCGAAGGAAGCUCGGCUCACCAGGAGAACUCCCGAUCCCAACUCCUUUGUGGAAUUUUCCAUUGAUAAGGAAGUUCAGAAAAGCAAGGUUGUGUUUGCGUCCAAGGACCCAGUGUGGGAGGAGGGCUUCACCUUCUUUGUGCACAACGUGAAAACACAACAGCUUUCUUUGAAGGUGAAGGAGCCUGAGAAGAAGACUCCGCUUGGCGUUCUGAACCUGCCCCUGACUCGCCUCCUCAACACCGCAGACAUGAGUCUGGACCAGCGCUUCCUACUGGAGCGCUCUGGAGCAAACAGCCAGGUUAAACUGAAGGCCACUCUCAGAGUUCUUACUAAGGAAAAUCCUCCACCCAAGAUUAUCCCCAGUCCUCCCCCAAAAGUCAAUCAACAAAAUGCAAAGGCCAACCAAGGGAGUGGGGGCUCUGCCUCCGCCGCUGCCUCUGCCGCUGCCUCCUCCGCUCCUGGAGUUUCGAACAACAAAAAUCCUGCCGCCAAAGCUUCAUCUUCCAACCAAGCAGCUGAUUCCUCGAUGGUCCCCAACGAAGAUUAUUUGGCUCACCGCCGCGGCUCCUUCGUGGCCAACGAAGCUCUGCGGCCGCCACCCACCCCGUCGAACAUGCGCCGGUACGACUCCCACAGCCUGCUGUCGGAGAACUCCAUCUCCUCGUCGCGUUUUGACAUCUCGGACGGGGCCUCGUAUCCAGAAGCGCUUAGGACACAUCAGGGUUCAUUUGGGGAGAUCCACAUGACUGUGCGCUAUGCCUCCCUGAGGAACAAACUCAUCAUCCUGGUUAAUGCUUGCAGGAACCUGUUCCCCUGCAGUGAGAGCGGCACAGACUCGUAUGUGCGCCUGUAUUUUCUCCCUGACCAAACCUGGAGACACCGCAAGAGGACAAAUGUCAAGAGGAAGACAGUCAAUCCCGUCUUCAAUGACAAGUUUGAAUUCGACGUGCCACUUCAGGAGGCGCAAACGCGGAAGUUGGACGUGUCGGUGAAAAACAACAGAAUGUUCCACACACGGAAGAGAAAGGACAUCGGCAUGGUAUUAAUAGAUCUUUCCCAAAUAGACCUGGUCAAAGGCACCACAGAAUGGUACGAGCUGUCCCUGCCUGGGCUGAAGAGACCCAGCUGAGGGGUGGAACCACAACGCUGCUCUUCAGACCAAUCAGAAUAUUCCUCUGUCUUCCCUAUCACCACUGAUCAGAUGAAGGUUCUCCAAAUGCAGCACCACCGCCCGUCUCAGAUACUGGACAUGCUCGGUAUUUACAUGUCAAAGUCUCUGGCACGUACUGUAUAUUAUUAAUAUUCCGAACUCCAAACCUACUUUUUACUGGGAAAUAAAUGGUUUUAGUUAUUCUUGUUUCACUUACAGAGACUCCUUUUUAAUAUACCAAAAAUGUUCUAAAGUUUUAUAACGCUGUCAUCUUGGUGUCAGCAGUACUUACAGAUAAGGCUCUAGAUAGGUCCUAGAUACUAUUAGCACAUGCUUUUCUGUUUUAAUUUAUUUAUUUUGAUAGGCAGAAACUAAAUAAUUUUCAACAAACAUGUGCUUAUCAAGAGAGAAAAAUAAAUAUAAUAGACCUCUUGACAGGAAAUAGUAGAUAAACACAGGUCUUACCAAUGACAUUAAUAAAAGCUAAUGAAGACUCUAUUUUUUUAGGUACAGAAAAUUAUUUAUUUGAAACACCUGUGUUUACCAUAGACUUUAUAAAGAUGGACGACUUGACAGCUUUCCAAAAGUGAAGCCGUCCUGGUGGUUGGAUGCAGGAUAGGUCAUAAAUCCCUCCUCCUCUAUAUGAGUGGAUGGGACGUGGGACAAACUGAAAAAUCAUAGUACAGUCUUAGUAGGCUACAAAUUUUUCUGGUAAGCUUGGUUUGUGGAUAUUUUGACUUCAUUCCUUGAUAGUCUGUGCAAGUGGAUACUCACCGUCUGUCUUUAUACUCGGUGUAUCCGGCGUUAACCUGCUGUUCCCUGUCAAAAUGGCUGCUGUGUAAAAGUUUGAGUCAUCAGAUAAUAUUUCUACUCCACCAAUAAACAAGGUGAUAUUUUUUAUUUUUUUGAGUUGCUCGAAGUCCAAAGUUUUUUUUGUCAAUUUGUAUUUCAUGACAUUACAUUACAUUUCAUUUGGCUGACACUUUUAUCCUAAGCGACUUACAAAAAGUAUUUGUAUGUAAUAAAAAAAGUUUUAUGAAAUGUUUAAUUGUUAAAAACAACGAGUGUGUUUGUUGAAGCGAAUCAAUGAACAUUAAGGAAGAGUUACACGCUUGAAUACACAGUGACACCAAUAUUCCAAUAUUAACCCGAUAAAGAAAAUAAAGUCUUAAUAAGACACUGCCAUGUUAACAGCUUUUUCUGAUCCCUCAAUCAGAAUAAGGUCGUAUUUUAAAUAAGCAAUAAUCAAAUCAAGACAUGCAUAUACGGCCUAACAUUUAAUAACAUGUACAGCAUUCAAUCAAUCAAACGUUGUAUUGACUUGUUACAAUGUAAAAUGAAAUGUUUUUAGAUAGUAAUGUCUUAUUUGGGGGGGGGGGGGGGGGGGGCUGUUAGUCAGACAUAAUAGUGCAAUACAACCCUGUGAGACCUCGGAGAUCACAGGGUUGAUCUGUGGUAACCAGGACAAGGUCUCAACAUGCAGGAGUCACUGGUCUUAGGAUGGUCUCCAUCCAUUGCAGCUUUUUUUAAUAUUCAUAAAUGCAUUUGACCAAAUUAAUUGACAAAAUCUAGGGUCGUACAUCAUUGUGUUUUAUUUAAUUGUCAUAUUUUACAAAUUUCUCUAUGUAUUUUAUUUGUAUUAUUUCACUCAAACUUAUUACUCAAUUUUUAUGCUCUCCUGUUUAUUUCACCUCUUCAAUGUCUUUACCUUUUUGUUUCCUCCUCUUUUUGAACCCUUGGUAAAUGUUUUAAAAUGUGAUUUCUGAUUUUAAAUGAGCUUUCUUUUAAUUCUAUCUCUGUGUCGUUUUCAAUGUCCCUCUACAGCAGGCUGUGUGUGAAAUAUAAAAAACGCUGUCUCGCCUUGACACUAAUUGAUUGCACUUGUUUUUUCAGUUGACAGUUUUUAUUGCGACCAAAUAUAUUGUCUUUCUCUGUUUGAA